CAACCCAAUACACAGAGCAGCCUCAUUCAGAUUCCUGCGCGGCACGCUCUGGGGGCGUUCUGUGACAGUUCAGCAGGCGGGCACAGAAAGAAAACUUGAAAGAAACAAGCAUCUCCAUAGAUGUGACCUAAGUGUUAUUCUUUAUUCCUCUUCCCUUUCCAUGGUUUGUGUCAUCACCUCCCUGUGAUCCUCCACGUGGCACCAAGUAUACUCAGGUGGGAUUCUCUCCAGGAUGUCGACAAAGAGCUUUGAGUGGGACUCGGAAGCCAAAUCCCUGCACAGUGCCUGGGAACAGUAUUCCACUGUGACGCUCUAUCAGUAUGAAGGUAUUGUUCCAGAUGAAGAUGAGUUCCAGCCCACGAAGCAGAAUCUCUCUGGACAAUUCUCCAUUUCUUCGGAGGGGACUGCAAACUUGGAUAUUCCCCAGGUAGUUCCCUGCACAUUCACCAUCUGCUUGGCUCUGCCGGGCUUUGGCCCUAAAGGGAAGCAUUCACCUGACAUAUUUAAACGAUUAAGAUCUGAUAAAUUUGCAAAAUUUCGACGGUACUAUCAUAUAGAAUAUCUGCUCUUACCAGAUGACAGAGAGCCCAAACAAGUUGACUUGGUGUUAUUUAAUACAUUAAUAGCCAAGGUGUUCAUGGAAUUUGGAAUAAAGGCUGUGAGUCCAUGGCAUGAAGAUGAUAAGUUAUGGGUGUCUUGGAAAGAAACUCAUAAGAUGUCAAUUACAAAAGAAGUGUUAAAGAAACUGAACUAUUACAAAAUCAUCUUUAAUAUAUGGGACACCAAGGAGAAAGUGUCUAAAAAAGCAAAAUUUGCUAAAGUAAAAAGUUUGAGUCACCAGGAGGAUUUUGAAAGUGUUGAUGAAGUGAAACAAUUGGUUUUAAGGCAAAGAAAAUUGUCUAAAGAGAAAACACCAAAACCCAGCAUUAUUAAAACAAAAAAGGAGAUCAUAGAAGUUGAACCAUAUAACCCUCCUGUCAACAUUGAAUCAGGAGAAUCCUUAAAUAAAGUUGAUCCUGAAUUUGAGAAGGCUUUGAAAGGAGAUGAUUUUAUCAUUCAGUGGAAUCUGUCAAAAAUAUCAGAACUUACUGCAGGAAAACAGUCUGAGUCCAAAGAAACAUGCAAGCAGCCUACCCUGACUAGCUCAUCUACUGUUACGGACGGUGUCAAGAUGCAAAAUAGAAGAAUUUCAGGCAAGAAAAAGAAGAGAUUUGCACUAUGUGAUGAAGAGUCAGAAGCAACAGUGGCCAAGAGACAGACUAUCUUUUCUGCGGAGCUGGAUGUCAUGCCUCUUCUUGCUGGACAGACAACUGUGAUGAGUCACAUUAAAGAAAAUAACUCCAAAAUUUUGGAUUGCUAUUUGAAUUUAACAGUAGAUGCCCCACUUAUGACAGAGGAACAGAAGCAGGAUUUAAACCCUUUGAUUAUAAAGAUCAAGUCUGUUGCUUACCUUCCAACGGAUCCUGUGCGUCUUGAUCAACUGCAGAAAAUGUGUGUUCCAGUGUACUGUAAAUACAAGUUUCAUGACACUCCUGUUCAUCAGACUCCAGGACAACCCUAUGGAACACAUAUUUAUUUUGAUGAUGUCAAUGUAAUUCUCCUAGGGGCAUUGGACCCUCAGAAUCUUCGUGAAUACCUAGAAGGGCCACCAAUGGAAGUUGAAAUCCAUGACCGAGAUAGAAAAGAGGAGGCAUGUGCAACUGAAUCUUCUCUAUUUGGGGACGAUUUAGCUGAUGCAAAUCUGAGCAACAUAAGUCAUGUCACUUACGACGUCACUGAAAAUCCAUUAGAAGUCAUUAAGAAGAAGUGGGAUCCUUAUGGGAUCGCUAAGGUCAGUUUUGCUGAUCUACUACUUGGCCAAAAGUUGAUGGACUUGUCUGUGCCCAUUCAGAGAUGUAAACCUGAUUCUUCUUACUUCCAAAAGGACAGAAAAGGACGUAGGAAAAGCUUUGGCGGUCAUGAGCCAAUGAAUACUCUGCAGUCUACUCCAAUGCCCAUGGGCAACUACUUUGAAUGCUCCUCAUUGCUUCGAUUGAGGAUAGAAUUAUGUGUGCCUCUGAAGUUAGGAGGAGGCGUGGGUAAAGCUGCAAAUGAACGUUUUGGGCGCAUAAUUUAUAUUUUUGAUUCUUCAAAAACUGACUUCUUGAGGGCUCUCCUGAAGAGUAUUGCUGAAAUCAAUGCCAGCGCUCUCCACUUGGAAUCUUAUCCUCCUCAAGAUAUUCAAGAGGUGCUCUCAGCCUUUAAGGUGAAACUUAAAGUAGAGACAAAUCUAGACCAGGAUGUGAUUACUGGAUUCCAUUUGUUAGAUGGACAAAUUCACCUCUUUGUUCUGGAAGGGUUGGCAGAGCAAGGACUGAAGAGGCUGUGGGAAAGAUAUCCAAAUCGUGCACCAGGUUCAGAAGAAGGAAAGUUUCAAGUUUUUUAUAACUCGGAGUUAACAUUUCAUAAACGUCUGUAUAUGGAUCUGGAUGCGAUGUUAUACCAAGUCCAUCUCUGCAAACCUCUUUCAGCUUUAGUGAAACAGUCAAUGAUUUUUGUCAGAGGACUGAUUCCUCAACCGUCCUUUCAAGCCCUGAUAAAGCUUGACUCCAUCUGUCACAGCAACAAACUCAGGGAUAUCAUAGAAGGAGAUCUGUUGCCUUCAGCAGAAAUGGUAAAAUGCAUGAGCCAAGAGUUUGGGGUUCCUGUGAGUAGGUCAGAGUUAUUAAUCCCAAGUCCACUGGAGAAAGUGCCAUCUACUAUUUUAAAGGUAGAAGGGCCAAGAAAAGAAAUACACAGCUGUUUUUCCCUAAUCAAAUUACAUGAAGAAAAUUAUCUACAGUGGAAAAAGGACAUGGAGCUGAAACGGUCCAUAGCACCAACCUUCAUUCAGAAAAACUUUUUUAGAGCAUCUCUAGUGAAAAGGACCUCCCGGCGGCCUGAAGUGAAAACAAUCAGAAUUAUUCCUGCUGAUAAGAAGUCUGUAUAUAACUACAGCAUUCAGACUUUGAACUCGGGGGAGCUUGCAAAGCAGCAAUUGAUUGCGCAGAUGGACAAGGAACGAGGGAAAAGGUUCACUUACUCUCAAAAAUACCUCGCAUCCCUUCCAGAACCUUUGGGUCUCACCCACCAAAUACCCAAAUCAAAGUUCUGGCUUACUCCAGAAGGAUUUCAAGUUCCUGGAAAUCAGACUAGUUUUGAAAGUAACCAACACCCCAAGAGUCCAGAUCCGAAUCGGGUAGAAGAAUUAAAAGAGUCAUGGCAGGAGAAUAGGCUAUUUGCUAAUAUCUUGAAGCCUGUCCUUGAUAGGGACAGGAUGAGCUGGGAGCAGAGGCAUUUGGAUUUCGACAUUUACAAGAAGCCACCCUCUACUAUACGUCUUCCUGAUGAAAAAUUUUCCAUAAGAGGUUGCUGAGCACUCUGCAUGCCUUAUCAUGGGAGUCCCACAGCAUCCUUGCAAAGUACGGACUAAAGGUAUGAUUUUUAAUCUAUCCAUCCUUUUCUUAAAAGAUGAGGAAACUAACCCAGAGAUUAAAUGACUUGCCCCUGGUGAUACAUCUGGUAUCAAGAGGGGGGAUUUGUUUAAAUCUUCUUGAAUCAACACCUAUCCCCUUUACUCUUGUCUUUGUACUCAAAUUGCUUGUUGAGAUAUUUUUGUCUUAGUAUUUUUAUUCACUUUGAUAUAUUCAACAAAUCCUAUGACAUAAGGAAACAAGGACCUCAA